CACCAUGCUGUCAGCUGGCGGCGGCGGUCAGUUCCUGCUGCGGCUGCGGCGCCUUCGGAGGCGGCCAAGACUUGGGACCUGCUCGCUCUUACGUGGCUUUGGACUCGACCCCCGCGAGGGAGCGCGGUCACUGUGUUGCGAAUCUUCUAGAGAUGCACGAGAUGGAGAGGGAGAGCAGCGCCAGGUGGCACAGAGCAAAGUCCGCGGCUCGGAGUCGCCCCCUUUUCUCCCUCCGCGGGUCCGGAGCUUUGGGACCAGGUGUCUUUCAUCGCUGGGAAACCUCAGACUGCCGACGCCGCGAGAGGAGUCACCCUGCCGAGAGCACGAGGACUCCAGCGAAGACCAGGGUCAGUCUGGUCCCGCUCUUCGGGGAUCCGCACUGGAGCCCGCCCGAGCCCAGUCCGCGGCCGGGGUCGAAGACGUUCACAUCUCUUCUGCCUGGUCAACUUCCAGAGAGGAACCCUUUCGGGCUGGGGAGCUGAUUUUAGCUGAGAUUGGGAGGAGAGAAACACAAGCUAAAAAAUUAUUUAAAUUGAGCAACACCGGACACUUCCAUGGUAGCUGGGGGAAAGUAUCAUUCAGCGAUAUUGUGGGAAAGUUCCCCGGCCAGAUAGUGAGAAGUUCCUCGGGUAAGCACGUAAUACUGAAGAGGCCGACAUUAGAAGACUAUGUGUUACUGAUGAAAAGAGGGCCUGCCAUAUCGUACCCAAAGGAUGUGAGUAUGAUACUGCUGAUGAUGAAUAUCCACCCAGGUGAUACUGUUUUGGAAGCUGGCUCUGGCUCCGGUGGAAUGAGCUUAUUUUUAUCCAAAGCAGUCGGAUCAAAAGGAAGAGUCAUAAGUUUUGAAAUACGAAAAGACCACCAUGAACUGGCUAAGAAGAAUUACAAACACUGGCGUGAUUCAUGGAAAAUGAGUCACGUAGAAGAAUGGCCAGACAAUGUGAAUUUUAUUCAUAAAGAUAUUUCAGGAGCAACUGAAGACAUAAAAGCUUUGACAUUUGAUGCGGUAGCUUUGGAUAUGUUGAAUCCUCAAGUUGCUUUGCCUGUCUUAUACCCAAAUCUUAAACAGGGUGGUGUAUGUGCUGUAUAUCUAGCAAAUAUCACACAGGUUAUUGAACUUUUAGAUGGAAUUCGUAUCUGUGAACUUGCUCUCUCAUGUGAAAAGAUAAGCGAAGUUAUAGUUAGAGAUUGGUUGGUGCGUCUUGCAAAACAGAAAAAUGGAAUUUUAGUACAAAAAGUAGAACCUAAAGUCAACACAGAUCUACAUUCUGAAAAGAAUAUGAAAAUUGAAGGUGAGAUGUCUCAAGAGGAUGAUCAUGAAGAGUCAUAUUCUGAUUUUCCAUAUGGAUCAUUUCCUUAUAUUGCUAGACCUGUACACUGGCAAACUGGUCAUACUGCUUUUCUUGUCCAGUUGAGAAAGUUCAAACCACAACUUGGCUGAGUACCUCAGAUGACAGCAACUGAUUUGAAGACAGAAGAGUAUCAAAAUAGAACUUUAUAUUGCAAAUCACUAUUUUCAUAAAUUGGGAUUUUAGCCAUUACUAUGAUUCGUAUAACUUUUACAUAUUAUUUUGAAAAAUAACAAAAGCUAAAGAAAGUGUAACAUUUCAAAACUGCUUAUAUGUCCCAUUUUGACACUUGUCUUGCAGUUAGUUUGAUAUUAUGUAGUUAAUAAUUCCAAGUUGGUUUUGUUGCACCAUCUCAUUCUUCACUUCCUGUAAACCAUGCCAUAGAUUUAUCUUUCUUCAUAAAAUUAUUUUUCUUUUCUUUGUUUGAUUGAUGGUCAUUGGCUACCAAAAUAAAAUAGGCAUUUUAAGA